AUGGCUUUCCAUAACAAGACUGGGAGCCUAGUGAGGCAGUCGAUUUUCCAACAUGGGCAAGCUCCAACGACAUUCGUGCUGAACUCUAUUCACUGCAUAUCUUCAUCGAAGCUUUCCAUUGGAAGGCUUUCGUGGUCAACUGAUGAUCAAAAUCUCAAGGAUACGUCUGCUAACUUUGGAGAAAUUACUGAUGCAAGGGUUGGCACGGAUAGAGAUACAUGGGGGAUUGAGGUUUACUUUUGCCCUCGGAUACUUUAUGUAGGUUUAGACCUAAAGGUCGAGCAAGAUCCCAAUGUGCAAGCUGAGGCAUCCCAAGACAAAACCCAUAUGCCAUAUGUUGAUUAA